AUGAUGAACAAGGAAUCGUUUGGAGCUUGCUUGCUUCUUACGCUUCCCGAAGAUGUGUUUGCUGUUAUCUCUCGUUUUCUUUCUCCAAGCGACAUUUGCAAUCUAAUCUUGUGCGGCAAAAGUCUUUGUGCCCUUGUCGAUUCCGAGAAGACGUGGCUUGUGCAAUGUGAAGAAGUAAAAGUUCUUCCUUUGAUUGAACUAGUCCAAUGGCGAAUCGGGAUCUCUUCUUACAAGGCCCUUUGUAGGUUUCUUGUGGAGGUGGUGAAGCCGCUUCUUGGGAUUUGGGUGCAAGAAAACCCUGAACUUGGGAAUGUUGUUUAUGUGAUGCCUGGUUUCUUGUCUGUUGUUGGGUGCCGGAUAAUUCCACAAAAGGUUGCUCCUUUGUGGAUUCAAGAGGGCCAAGUCAAGUGGUCACCGGUGUUUGAGAUAAUUUGCGGCUUUGAUGGCUCUAAGGGUUUUUUCCUCCAUGGAAGAGACAAACAAGGUAGUUUCUUAUACCCUGGUUUCGUUAUGGACAUCGAGAAGAGUUGCAAUGUGCUUCUACUCGAAGUUGAGCCGAGGUCAGAGAAGAGUUCGUGCAAUGAGAUUGAGAGAGAAGUAGGGGAUCCAUUUGGAGAUCUAGACUUCAGUGAUAGAAUGAACUUACUAGAUAUAGUGACAAAACAUGUAAGUCUACGAGUCGAUGAACCAUUAACAGGAAAUUUAUUUCCCACCAGGUCAAAAUAUGACGAAGCGAUGAUGUUGGAACGCAGAAACAUGCUCCUUAAAAUGCUCAAAUUUGGUGGAAACUGGAAGCACAUAAACUUGGAGGAGGAUGAGCAGUUGUGUUACAAUCAUAUAGAGAUAGACAUAAAAAAAUUGUUGGAAAAUCUUGGUGAUGACAUUGACAACAUGGAGGAUAUAGAGGAUCAGAUAGAGGUUACACCAAGGAAGAAGAGCUUUCGCCGGUUUUUAAGAAGUGGCAUUAAACAUAUUCUUGGGAAGUUCAGUUCUUCAAAGAUCAAUUCGCCUUCGAGCAGUGAGACAAGACGUUCGAAUCGCCAAAGCUUUCUCAGCUCUGGUAAUACAUUUUGCCUUAGUCUUAAAGCUUCAUGCACUUUGAUGUCUUCAUAUGAAGGGUGGCCAAUCAUGAGCGCAGACAACUUUUCCCUUCAUAAACUACCAAUGAAGAAACCUCUCGAUCACGACGUGUAUGCGGGUUUGUGGGGAGGAACGUUUGGCUGGCCCCCUGGGAAAGAUAUUGAAGAUGAGUCCCUUCUCUUAUUAAUGCUCACUUAUGGAGAAUCUGAAGAGGGUAGUGAGAGAAUUCUUUUCGGGACGAAAAUACUCAGUUAUUUUGCUGAGCAUCCUAAUGGAUCCUCAAUGUUUGUUGUAAAUAUUGACACGCCUUCCCUUGAGCCGUUUCCAUUUGAUACAGAUGGAAGAGAUUUCGAGCAUUCUUACACGGGAGAGGGUAUCGCUGACGGUUAUGGAUUCCGAUACCCCGGUUCAAAACCUGGUUCCCUUUUCGUAAGCUCUAAUGAUCUUCUUGCAUUCGUUUGGCAAGGAACUGAAGAUGUGAUUACAUUGCAAAGAAUAAACCUUGGAGAGAUCUUGAAGAAGAGUUUAGGUUCUUGUGUUUCACCUUUGCUUCCAACAAAGAAUUUUACAUAUACUAAAAGGUCUUACUCAAACGUGUUUGCCAAGUCAUCGACCUAUUCGUCUUCCUCCGAGUAA